UGGGGACAGCUGCGAUCCGGGGGUGGGGUCGGGCCCAGGGGACGCUAUGAAUUAGGAGGCCAGGGAAGCAGCCCCAGCUGGCGCCCGGUACAGCUCAGGUGCCCAGAGAGCCUCUCGGACUAGCCCACGCGUGCCCUGCUGGGGAGACGGUUGCAUGUAUUAGCCUCGCCUGCCCCGGACCAUGGUGCCUUCGCCCCAGCCCCAGCCCCAGCCCCAGGCCCGGUACAGCCUGUCGGGGGUGAGCCCAGCCUGCAAGGUGCUGGUGUACCGCAACGGGGACCCCUUCUAUUUGGGCAGGAAGUUCGUGAUCCACCAUCGCCACGUGAGAACUUUCGAGGCGCUCAUAGCCCAGCUGAAUGACGGGGUGGAGGUGCCCUUUGGGGUGAGGAAGCUGUACACCCCCCAAGAAGGGCACCAGGUGCAAAAUCUGUCCGACAUCAAACAGGGUGGCAAAUAUGUGGCUGCUGGGAGGGAAAAGUUUAAAAAACUGGAUUACAUUCAGAUAGGCAUAAAAAAACCACAAAGACGAAAGAAGGUAGCGGUGAUCAAACCAGUAGUUCAUAGUACAAUACGUGUGCCUUCCAAGUGGCAUUUGAUCUGUAAUAAGCCACGUAAUAUCAAUGUUUUCGCAAAUGGAGAUAUGCUCAGACCACCUAUAAAAUUUAUUAUACCCAAGUUUACUCUGAAAAACUGGAAUUGUGUCCUUGCACUAAUAAAUGAAAAAAUCAUUCCUCGCUCCGGUGGUGUUCAUAGGCUGUACACAUUGGAUGGUCAUCCUGUACGGAACGCAGAUGGCUUAGAAGAUAAUCAUUAUUAUGUUGCAGUGGGUAAAGAAAAGUUUAAAUCAUUGCCAUACUGGCGUUCUUCCAGAGUUUCAUCAGAAGUUCAGCGAAUAUAUGGUGAAUCUCCAAAAAGGCCCAGAAAGAAAAAAGAAAAAGCUGGGCACAUGGUGAGGAGUCAUCAUACCAAGGGGAGCAAACAAAGAAGACUGCUGCUCUGCUUGAUCAAGGGAAGUCUGGGCAUGCUCUCUGGUGAUGAAGAUGGAUGAGUCAUAGGAGCUAUA